AUGCCGGCACUCCCUCGAGGACAGUCCAGCAAAAUCAUUCAAGGUGCCACAUCUGGCAAAGUCAACCUGGAUCGCAGCCAGGAGCUGCGAGACUUCUUGAUGGGGAAAGUGCCCAGUGCUCCUGCGAAGCAGGCAGCUGAAAAGAGCUGGGAGCUCCCUGUCCUCGAGUGUGACGAGGGCUGUGUCUCUGCCAUCGAGAGCUGUCUGGAAGAGGGCUGCACUGUGGAUGCCCUGAUGAAGCUGGACUCCGCGAUUGCAAAGGACGAGAAGACCAUCGAGGCGAAACUCAAAGGAAAGCAGGAUGCCUGGCUCCAGAACUUUCUGCAGCGAUCUGGAGCCCUUCGGGCCCAGCUUUCCACAAUGCUGAGCAGGAAGAAGUCCGAGCCCUGGAUGAAACAGCUGGUCAAGGCAGCUCAGCUGGCUUUCAAAAGUAGCCGGGACGGCGACUAUCCGAAGGUUGGCAAAUCUUCCUACUCAUCUUAA